CGUGUGGGUACAAGCGCGCGCACGCGGGGUCCGCCUCGGGCACGCGCCGGUACAAGCGCGCACACGCGGGGUCCUCCUCGGGGCCUGUGGGUACAAGCACGCGCACGCGGGGUCCGCCUCGGGCACGCGCCGGUGCAAGCGCUCCCGCCGCCGGCGCCGCUUUUCCCGCGCGUGGCCGCGGGGCUUCGGGCGCGUCUUUAGCGGAGCGGAGCGGGCCGGGUGCGCGCCCGGGCCAAGUUCACGGGCCGCGGCGGAGCCGGCAGCUUGGCGGCGGGACUACAAGUUCCAGGGUCCCCAGCGGCGCGUCCCGGGAUCCGCAGCCGCUCGCUCCGGCCGGGCCGCGGGCGCUCUCCGAGUCCUCCCGGGUCCGAGCGCGCGCGGGGGCGGGGGCGUCCUCCCGAUGCCGGGGGCCAGCCGCGGGGCAGCCGGCGGGGCUCGGGUGCUGGGCGCCGUGCGGGGCCUCUGCGCGCGCCUCGCCGCCCCCCGCCGCCCCCCAGGCACGUGCGGCGGCCUCCGGGCGGCCCCGGGCGCGCGCGCACUGGCGGCGGCUCCCCGGGCGCAGCCCCGCUUGGCGCCGCGCCUCCUCUGCCGGGCACAGGGAGCCGGGCGGGCCGGCGUGCGCACUUGGGCGGCCGCUCCCCCUCUGGCCAUGGCGGCCAAGGUGGACCUCAACACCUCCACCGACUGGAAGGAGGCCAAAGCUUUCCUGAAGGGCCUGAGUGACAAGCAGAGGGAGGAGCAUUAUUUCUGCCGAGACUUUAUCAAGCUGAAGAAGAUCCCCACCUGGAAGGACGUGGGGAAAGGGGCGGCCAGUAAGGAGGAGGAGCCGCAGUACAGGAAGGACAAGGCCCUGAAUGACAAAAUCUCGCUCUUCCGGGGCGACAUCACCAAGCUGGAGGUGGACGCCAUCGUGAACGCGGCUAACAGCUCCCUGCUCGGAGGCGGCGGUGUGGACGGCUGCAUCCACCGCGCCGCCGGACACCUGCUGACCGAGGAGUGCCGCACCCUGCACAGCUGCGAGACGGGCCAGGCCAAGAUCACCGGGGGCUACCGCCUCCCGGCCAAGUAUGUCAUCCACACCGUGGGGCCCAUCGCUCAGGGAGACCCCAGCCCCAGCCAGGUCCAGGAGCUGCGCAACUGCUACCUUAACAGCCUGCAGCUGGCGCUGGAGAACCGCCUGCGAUCAGUGGCCUUCCCGUGCAUCUCCACCGGGGUCUUUGGUUACCCCAACGAGGCAGCGGCCGAGGUGGUCCUGGGCAGCCUCCGAGAAUGGCUGCAGGACAACAAGGACAAGGUGGACAGACUGAUCAUCUGCGUGUUCCUGGAAAAGGACGAGGAGAUCUACCGCAAGCGGCUGCCUCACUUCUUCCCCGUGGACGCUCCCCAGGGACUGCAGUCCCAGUUGUGAAGACAGAGCCCAGCCACACCUACCCAGGACCCCAGCUCUCCCACCACCCCCCAUGGGAUGGGGGGGGGGGGGGGGCCUCACUACUGUUCAAUAAAGGGUUCUGCUCAGGACCGGUCUCUGGGCUUGCCGACCUUC